AUGGACGGCCCCGACAACGCGACGCUGCUCUUCGCCCCGUCCUCGCUGCAGCCGGACAACUACACGCUGUCGCCCAAUGCCAGCAGCCUGCGCCCCGGCUCGGACCUGCCCGUCGCCCCCACCUCCAGCGCCGGCCCCGGCCCCGGGCUCAGUCUCGCGCCCAGUCCCGGCGUCGGUUUCAGCCCCGGCCCCACGCCCACCUCGGAGCCGACGGCGGGCGGCUCGGCGGGCGGCGCGGCCAGCCUGGGCCCGUCCCUGUUCCCCCACCCCUGGGCGCACCCCCAGACCCCGUUCUGGGACACGCCGCUGAACCACGGGCUGAACGUGUUCGUGGGCGCCGCCCUGUGCAUCACCAUGCUGGGCCUGGGCUGCACGGUGGACGUGAACCACUUCGGGGAGCACGUCCGCCGGCCCGUGGGCGCGCUGCUGGCCGCGCUCUGCCAGUUCGGCUUGCUGCCGCUGCUGGCCUUCCUGCUGGCCCUGGCCUUCUCGCUGAACGAGGUGGCCGCCGUGGCCGUGCUCCUGUGUGGCUGCUGUCCCGGCGGGAAUCUCUCCAACCUCAUGUCCCUGCUGGUGGACGGCGACAUGAACCUCAGCAUCAUCAUGACCAUCUCCUCUACGCUUCUGGCCCUAAUCUUGAUGCCCCUGUGCCUGUGGAUCUAUAGCCGCGCUUGGAUCAACACCCCCAUGGUGCAAUUACUACCGCUGGGGGCGGUGACCCUGACUCUCUGCAGCACUCUCAUCCCUAUUGGCUUGGGGGUCUUCAUUCGGUAUAAAUACAACCGGGUGGCGGACUACAUUGUGAAGGUUUCCCUGUGGUCUCUGCUAGUGACGCUGGUGGUCCUUUUCAUAAUGACUGGCACUAUGUUAGGACCUGAACUGCUGUUGAGUAUUCCUGCAAGUGUUUACAUGAUAGCAAUUUUUAUGCCUUUGGCAGGCUAUGCCUCAGGCUACGGCUUAGCUACUCUCUUCCAUCUUCCAGCCAACUGCAAGAGGACCGUAUGCCUGGAAACGGGUAGUCAGAAUGUGCAGCUCUGUACUGCCAUUCUGAAACUGGCCUUCCCACCGCAAUUCAUCGGAAGUAUGUACAUGUUUCCCUUGCUUUAUGCCCUUUUCCAGUCUGCAGAAGCAGGGAUUUUGGUUUUAAUAUAUAAAGUGUAUGGAAGGAAAAUAUCACACAAGCGAGAUCCUCUAGAUGAAGAUGAAGAUACAGAUAUUUCUUAUAAGAAACUAAAAGAAGAGGAAAUGGCAGACACCUCCUAUGGCACAGUGAAAGCUGAUAAUUUAAUUAUGAUGGAAACCACUCAGACUUCUCUCUGAACGUGAAGAUACAGAGGCGCUUCUAUCUUGCUGAAAUAUUACUUCAUCGUUAUUGUCUGUGGUAGUGAA